UUGCAUUGAGUUGGUAAAGUCUUUCUACAUUUCUGCAUCUUCAAAAUAUGCCUUCCAAGUCGGGUUUUCCAUAAUUGUGCUACCAUAACGAGAAACUAGAAUAAUGCAUGGAAUGCUCUACCAAAUAAUGAAAGUUUACCAUUCUGUUGGAAUGAUCACAUCAAAGUUCAAUUCAAUUGGUCAGUAGUGUUUUCCUGUAAGCAUAUGUUACUGCAGCUUAUUUAUUUGUUGUUAUCCUUAUGAGCCCACAUGCAUCAUACUAUGUUCCAACAAAGUAUUCUUGAAGAAAUGGAUCUAUGUCAUGUACUGCUUCUAUGAACUUGUUAUACAUCCAAGGAAAUUGGCUUUGAGGACUAGCAGAUAAAUUUUUUAAGAACUAUUUCAGUUAGCCCAACGAGUUUAUGUAGAGCUUAGUUAAAUCUAGAUGAUAGUUAUCUUAUAGACAACCAUCUUUUGUAACUGUAUUUUUUUAUAUUAAUGGAAUUAAUACUUUUAGUUGUUGAUCACAUCUACUCCUGCCAGUGUUGCCACUGGAAUCCUUGUUUUCCCUUGUUCUUGGUGUUGGGAGAGGCAGGUUCAAUCUUAGCACACUAUUUCUUACUCAUAAUCAUAUUUUAUAUGUCAUUAACGCCACUGGUUAGAAGUGGAAAAUUGGGCUGUGAGAUCAGAGGCAAAUAGCCAGGUGGGCUGGCUAUCCCUGUACAGUUCACAUCGGCGGUUGGCCAAAGCGGUUACCUUCCUUGACCGAAUGUUCUUAGUAGACAUUAGCAUAAUAAUUUUAAUUUUUUUAGUUUUUUUCCUUUUAUCUUACACAUUAGCAAGCUCAAAAUUCUUGUCUAUAUGUGUGGUUAUCAAUUUCUUUCUUCAGUAUUUGAUAUUGCUGCCUGUUAGAUCUAACUAUAGUAAAUUAACUACUAACUAACUUUUAUUUUGCUAUUAGACAUCCAUGGUUGCUCGGUACUUGGCACAUGCCAUGAGCUUAUCUGGCUUAUUGCUUUAUAUUACUUACCUUGCUAUUAACCAAACAGCAAAAUAUGGCAACAAUAGGAGGUCACCAGCUUAAUCAUUGUUGAGGAAUUUGGUAUUGAGUUAUUGUUGGCAUUUUGGUGGGACAUUUAGUUAUAUCAAAGAUGUUCUUAUAAACUUGAAGAUAGCUUGUCUGAUGUUGUAAAUUAGUGCUCUGCUAGAAUAUUAAUAUAUGCUCUUUUCUAGUGUGGUCUUGCUAUUCUUUUUCUGCUACCACCUGCAUGUUCUCAUCUAUAAGUUGUCCAGGCUCAAGUGGAUUUUGAUGACAAAACUAGUUGGGAGUAUCUCUUUAAGGAGCUAGUACUUCUUCUGUUACUCCUUCAACAUGUGUACAUAAUGGAGAUAACAAUCUGAAAAGCAAUAUGUUAGACAUUCCCCUCAGAAAUCUGGAGGCAAGUGAAUCUAAAAGAAGAAAGACGGAUGAACAGAUUAUUACACCCCAUAAGGAAACUGUAAGUAUGAGAAAACUGGGUACUGACGAAAGCUCAUCUGUGGUUGCAUGCAAGGAUUGGGCAACUAAAGAGUUAUUGGAUUUUGUUGCCCACAUGAAAAAUGGUGAGGCAUCAGUGUUAUCUCAGUUUGAUGUUCAGGAACUUAUGCUAGAGUACAUAAAAAGAAAUAAUCUCCGGGAUCCUCGAAAGAAAAGUCAAAUUAUAUGUGAUUCGAGGCUAAAGACUCUCUUUGGGAAACCACGUGUUGGGCAUUUUGAAAUGUUGAAGCUUCUGGAGUAUCAUUUUUUCAUAAAAGAAGAUCUCCCAAAGAACACAAUCAACAGUAUUGCAAGACAGGUUGACCCUGAUUGGAAUAGUGAUAAUAUGCUGACGUUGGGUAAAGAUAAGAAACGGAAAAAUAACAGGAAGGGUGAAGAGCGUCCGCCACAAAAUAAAUUGGAUGAAUAUGCUGCCAUUGAUGUCCAUAAUAUGAACUUGAUAUACCUGCGCCGUAAAUUGAUGGAGAAUCUUAUUGAGGAUAGCGAAGCUUUUCAUGGAAAGGUAGUUGGUUCAAUUGUGCGAAUAAGAAUAUCUGGUAGUGAUCAGAAGCAUGACAUGUACAGGCUUGUCCAAGUUGUAGGUAUAAGUAAGGCAGAUGCACCAUAUAAGAUUGGCGAUAAAUCUGCAGAUGAUGUGCUUGAAGUAUUAAAUUUAGAUAAGAAGGAGACUGUAUUAAUUGAUACAAUUUCAAAUCAAGAUCUGUCUGAGGAUGAAUGCAGACGUUUGCGACAAAGUAUAAAAUGUGGGCUUGUAAAACGCUUUACUGUAGGCGAGAUUCAGGAAAAGGCGGUGUCCCUCCAGUCUGUGAGGCUCAAUGAUUGGAUGGAAGCAGAAAUAUUGCGGCUCAAUAAUCUUCGCGAUCGAGCAAGUGAGAAAGGGCAUAAGAAGGGUCUUAGAGAAUACGUGGAGAAACUCCAACUUCUGAAGACACCUGAGGAGCGUGAGCGCAGAUUGCGGGAAAUUCCCGAGGUUCACUCCGAUCCAAAAAUGAAUCCAGAUUAUGAAACUGACGACACAGAGGAAUAUUUUAACAAGGAACAUGAACAUAAGAAGCCGAAGUAUUCUGGAGUUAGUCGCAAGAAUACAAACUCUCUUAAAAAAAGAGCGGAGUUUUCAAAUAAUAUUGGCAGGUCGUGGAAAAAUGAGCAACCCGAAUCCAAGGCUACAGGGAGACUGAAUAUGGCGAAAGAUGGUCAUGGAUCAGGUAGUUUGGUGAGACCUAAAAACCCAGUUGAGUGUAACGGUUCAACAAUCAACAACCGGAAUCAUCGAACCAUUGGAAGCUCGCCAUUAGUCAAUCCUGCAUCAGAAACCGCGACUUCUUACUCCAUGAGGAACACCACGACUUCCAAUGAUAGCGAUAUGGACAAAGUGUGGCAUUACAGAGACCCGAGUGGAAAAGUUCAAGGCCCCUUUUGUAUGAUACAGCUGCAGAAAUGGAGUACGACUGGAUACUUUCCAGUGGAUAUGAGGAUUUGGAUGAACAGAGAGGAUGAAUCAUUACUCUUGAGUGAUGUAUUAAAAGAGCAAUCGCAAAAUUCCCGGUUGAGCGAGAAUAAGACUGCCACCGAUAAAGUUGGUAAUCGGAUUGAGGGCCUCACAGUCCGAACUGCAAAUCUGUUAUCCACCGAGAAAUUGCCUGAUGAUCAUGGUUCUUCUGGCCAAUCUUCUGUACAAAACUGGAGUUCCAAUGGUAACAUCUUGAACCGUAACGUGUCAAAUGAGUCAACCGGGCAGUUGAACACCCUCGAGUUAGCGAGCCCGACACCGGUGGAAAACGAUGCCGAUAUCAAGCGUGUUUCAUCUAUUUUCGACAUUUCAGAUGCAUCCCUCGUGGAUUUGCCUAGUCCAACGCCAAAGAAGACGAGCAGCCAUGAAGAAGAAAAAGUGCAAAAUGGUGGAGCCAAGGAACAACCUAUUUUGCCAGAAAUUUUGGUACAAGAUGCCAGAAAUUUUACUUCGGAUCAAGAUGUCGGUGGGGCUCAACUUCUCAAAACGGCCAAUGAAUGGAGCGGGUAUUCGCCUAUUCAAGUGAAACGUGAAGAAUGGAAUUCCGGGGGUGUAUCUGUAUCUGUAUCUGCUCCGCAGGCAGAGGGUGAUCAUGUUGCUACCACAACCUCCAACAUUGAACAAAUUGUUCAUUUGCCGCCAUGGAACGGUGUCCGUGAAACGAUCGAGUUUAGCACUUUGGCGGAGGAAUCGGUUUCCGACCUGUUGGCUGAAGUUGACGCAAUGGAGUCUCAAAAUGGUUUCCCUUCACCUACAUCAAGAAGGAACGGUUUUGUUGAGGAUUUGUUUAAUGGCUCCUUUGAGGAGUUCAGUCCCACCCCUGAUCAGAGUGCAAGAAGCGAUGGCUUUAGUUCCAUCCAAGCCGAUAUCCAGUUGCCUUAUCAAACUGCCGCCACCACCACCACCACCACAACUGCCGCCACAGAUGAACAUUCAGAAGUGACUUCUCAGGGCAACAAUGGUAAUGUAUUUGAUUUCGUAAAGAGUUCCCCUACUUUACAACCGUCCUUUAUUUGUCCUGAAACAAAGUCUGAGAAUCCGCCUUUUAAGUGGCCGGAAAUGCUACCGGAAGCUGUAUCCAAAGAUAUUCGGGUUGGUUGCCAUUCUUCCGAGCUUCAGCCUCCCUUGCAUGAUGUAAAUAAUUCCGCAAAAGAUCAGGAGCGUGAAUCCGGCCAACCCACAACCACAAAACCAAACCCCAGCCCAGAAUUAGUACCUCAACUUUCUCAGAGAACGGAGUCGGAAGAUAGAACCGACCACAUAAGAUCAGGUGGCAGAAUGAUGGUAGGAGGAAGAAAGGCUGGUGAUGGUGGUGGAACCGAAAACGAGCAAGAUGGAUCAUUUAUCCACUUGCUGCCGCCGCCACCACCACCAUCUUUGGCCAUCGGAUUCGACAAAGUCUACCCACGGAGAGUGGGAUCAGAAGCAACGCUAGGUAACAUGAAUAUUUUCAUCAGACCAUCUCAAGAAACUGUAACCCGUGGCAGCAAUCCCCAUUUAAACGUGGGUCGUGGCGGCAACAUAGGGUGGGACCCACACCAACGAAUGUACGGUGGGGAGAGACAUAACAAUAAUAGUCCAAGAGAAAGAAGUUAUACGGGUAGGCAGCCAUCGUUUGGUGGUGGCAGUGGCGGUGGUGGUGGUUAUUUAAGACCACCUCCACCGCCAAAAGGGCAGCGGGUUUGUAAGUUUUACGAGAGUGGGAGGUGCAAGAAGGGAGCUUCGUGCAACUAUUGGCACCCGUUACCGUGACUCACCCGAGUUGACUCGGCUGAGGUGUUCUUUUGUAUUGUUGACCAUUUGUGUUAGUAUAACCCAUAUAUAAAGCCUGCAUCUCCUGCGA